AUGACAAACCCUUCGAAAUACAGACUUGGGGUCGAUGUUGGAGGGACCAAUACAGACGCUAUUCUCCUGGACAUCACCAAGGCCAACAAGAACGCCGUAGUUGCUUCGUUUAAACAUGUAACGACACCAGAUAUUACCACAGGUAUCGAGAAAGCGGUUCAACAUGUUCUGGAGAAUGCAAGAGUCAGCGCAGGAAGCGAGGGGAUCCUGAGCCUCACUAUCGGGACCACACAUUUCGUGAACGCCGUCGUCCAGUUGGAUUCCAGAUGCUUAGAGAAAGUGGCGGUCGUUCGACUAGCAGCACCGUACACGACCGAAUGCCCACCCUUUAUUGAUUUUCCAGAGGGUCUCAAGAGCAUCAUGAAUGGACAUACCACUGUGAUCGAUGGCGGCCUUCAGAUUGAUGGAAGAGUGAUCAACGAGCUUCGGGAGGAGCAAGUCGUCGAGCAGGCGAGGGUGAUUCACGAGAAAGGGUUGAAAAACGUCGUCGUUGUGGGUGUUUACUCGCCUCUCGACGUUGAGGGCAAGCAAGAAUAUCAGGCUCGCGAGAUUCUGAGGCGUGAACUGGGAGACCGCGUCAACGUCGUCUGUUCUCGCGAUGUCGGCCACGUAGGUUUCCUUGAACGAGAAAACGCAUCCAUCCUCAAUGCAUCGAUCAUGAGCUUCGCACAACGAACUAUCCUGAGCUACAAGCGCGCCAUGAAGAGGCUAGGACUUCGCUGCCCCCUCUACUUGACACAAAACGAUGGUACCCUCAUCACAGCCGAAGAAGCAGCCCUCUUACCGAUCAAGACGUUCUCGUCCGGGGCAACGAAUUCUAUGCGAGGUGCAUCCUUCCUCGGCGGCCUCGACAUCCGCAGUGCAAAGACAGAGGAAAGGAGCAGUAUAAUUGUGGUCGAUAUUGGUGGGACGACGACGGACGUGGGUGUUCUGUUGCCCAGCGGAUUUCCGAGGCAGGCUGCUGCGUUCGUGGAAGUGGCGGGUGUACGAACCAAGUAA